UUAUUUCUGCUAAAGCCUGAAGUGUUUCGGGUCUCACAUUUCAUCAGUUUAAAUUCGAUUCUCACCAGCGAUUCGGUUCCGGCACCGGUGAAUUUUCAUCAUUCACUUUAUCCAUUUAAGAGAGUUGUAUUAACAGAUUCCGGCGAAGUAUAGAGGAGACAGAGGGAUAAAGAAACUAUGAGUGUGUUUGGAGGAGAUAGCUGGGCGAGGGAAGCGCAAUGUAGGAAGAGAAGAGUCGAUGAGUUGAUGGUUGACAACAUCGAUUCUUCUGCUUAUAAGAAACUCUCCAGCGGCAAAUUUGUCUGCAUCGUUUGCUCUCACCGUCCGGUCCUCGACACUCCCCUCAUGCUCUCUGUACAUGUCAAAGGUUCAAGCCAUCGAGCAGCAGAGUCAAGGCUUAGAGAAAGAGAAUUAGGGAGGCAAGAUGAGAUAAACAAGAGAAUAGCCUUGUCAGAAUGUGAAACUGCCACCUCCAAAACCUUGACAUCCAGCCAGUUAUGUAGAUCAGCAAGCAAACCACUGAUUGAACGCACAAGGAAAGCUGCUUCUGACGUACUUCAUCAAAAUUUGGCACAAAGUACUUCUUCUCAAGGGAAUGAGAUCAAAUGUACCAAGGCUGAUACUACAAGUGUUCUAGCUAAUCAAAGAAAUAGUCAAUGUGUUCAGAUAGGAAUCACAACAAAUCAAAGUAUCAUGUCUCAGGCAUACAACCAGGAACGACGAGAAAGGGAACUUAAGUUCACAUCUGCUGGCUGGAAGCGUGAUGGCCAUGGGAAGUGGUUUAAGGAUGAAAAUGUAGAGUUUGAUUCAGAUGAAGAAGAUCCUAAUCUCUGCUUUCCAUGACUAUUGGUUGAAAACAAGUGUCCAUCACUAUGUAUCACUUUCCUUGCAGGGAGUUGAUUACUGGUUCCAUUCAAGUUCAAGAUAAUCCAGAUGUAUUCCAAUUUCUGAAUGUCCCUGUAAUUCAUGGUUAUGAUUCUUGUUCACACUACAAGUUAUCGAUAAACAUGAGAAAGUUACACUGGUUUUGUUGGAUGAGAUUUCAAUUUAACAGGUGCGCGCGUCUCUGAACAUGAGAAAGUUAAAUGAGAUAGGAUUGAGCACUUGAGUGCUGGAAUACUGGUGGAGCAACUGAGGCGACGAUGGUUAAGGGUCUCUCCACUUCAGAGUCCAUUAAUUAACUUAAGUCUUAACUUUACCAUUUUCUUGAGUGCAACACUUAAAUUUUAUUAAAAUCGUAAGUCCAAGUUCAUCAAAAUCUAUUACUUUAGUUCACCUAACCCACGUCACAUUAGAUAAUCACACUUUCUCUUAAUUGAAUCACUUUAUUCAUGUAAUAAUAACUUUCUUGUGGAUUGUUCAUGUAUUAGGUGUAUGUGUCAUCGAGAUGUG